UGCUGUCGCCUGUCAAACAGUGUGUUUGUUAUUUGACCGGAUGUAGGAUUUAAUUAAAGCACUCAUUUAUGCGAUUUUCAGAUGGACGAAAAUUUUAAGGAUUCAUACUGUAGGACAGAGUAAUGACAAACGUGCAGAAGAAAUCUGUUUUUGUUUUGGUUUUUUUUAAAAAAAGGAAACACGUUUUGACCGUGUAUUGUCGAAGCCAUGUUAUACUCGUUGAAUUAACGUAAUGUUUGACAAAAAUGUGUAUAAUCUUUGGGCUUAGGGUUUAAGAAAUGUGCGAUACUGAUGAUGGUGAUGAUGAACAGGAGCAGUGGUAGAACCGAUCUGCGUUUUUUUCCUUCUAGUUUUAAAAACAAUAAAGGUGGCGUAAAAUGAGAUUGCAUGAGAGAAAAGAAGACAAAUACUGCAAAUUUAUCUCAAGAAGCGAGGAGUGGUAUUUGAAUCUAUUCAUUUUUAUUCUGUUAAAAUCGCACGGAACUCUUGGUGAAUUUAAGCUGGCACAGUUAUAGUCUGCUGGCAGCUAUUUAAAUGGAGUGUAUGACAGCAGCUAUUCGUUCUUAAUAUUUACCAUUUACAUUUAAUCUACUUACUGAUAAGAAAGCGGAAAUGUUCAUUAUAGGGAUAUUCAAUUAAAAUGUCAAAAUAGCUUAAAAUAACCAGAGAAAAAAAUCAUUUUUGGCAUUGUCAGUAUAUUACUCUUGGACAGCAUUUUUGGCCAAGUACCAUAUAAUAUUUAUUAAGAACACUGUUUUUAAAUAAAAUUGUACAAAGGGAAAGGCGUACAAUAAGCUGCAAUCAUGUGCAGCCAGGAAUCGCUUCUCGGAUCGAGUCGGAAUCGAAGUCGAUCUUACGGCAGUUUAGUUCGCUCUCCGGUGAAGGAGAAGAGGCUGGAGCACUGUGUUCGUCCAGAGGACACUCUGCAAGGACUAGCGCUACAGUAUGGGGUAACGAUGGAGCAAAUAAAGAGAGCCAAUCGCCUCUAUACCAACGAAUCAAUAUUUCUAAAGAAAACUCUAAUGAUCCCCAUCAUGGCCAAAUCAGAUGACUGCCUGAAUGGUUUAGAAGCAUCUGAUGAGACAGAAGAGGGAAGCAACCAGGCAGCAUGCACAACAGAGGCAAGUGAAUUGAAGGGUCACAUUGACAAGGAUAAAGCCAAUGGGUCAAACAGUUCAAAGCCUGAGGGAGCCCAGUGGCAAGGUGAUCUGUCUGCAAAAGAUUUUUUGAAGAAACUGGACAGCAAGAUCAGUCAGUCAAAGGAGGCAGCUGUCAAGAAGAUCCAAGAAGUUGAGAAGCGAAUACAGGAAGAAGAACAAGCUGACUCUUGUUAUACUUCGGGUUACCAAGGUUCACUAAGCCAUAACCCAUCCCCACGAACACAGCAGCGUUCCCUUCUAGGACCAGUGCCACUCACAAAAACAAGACUUACAUCUUCUCUGCGUGACCAUGAGGAUGAGAUCUUCAAACUCUGAUACCACAAAAAUUUUAUUUGAAUAAGGCAUUAAAUCUUCUUCUGCUUCCUAGGAUUACUGAAGAUUUCAAUAAAUUGGAUUGUCUAACAAGGGAAAGAUGUAGAUCUUGGGUCUUCCGUAUUUUUGAGUAAACGAGUCAUAUUGGGAAUGAGUUUUUACUUUGUGACCUUUUUAUUUUUUUUUUUAACCUUGAACCUUGAGGUAUUUCUAGGCAGUUAUUUUGAAAGUUUAUAGAGACUUGUUUCAAUUUGAUAAACUGUGUGCAAUUAAACUUUUGUAUUUCACAGACUAAUGUUAUAUUUUCAGGGAAAAAAAUAGCCUACAAAACAUUUUGCCACUAAGGUCCUAUAACAAUUUUAUAUUAAAAGCAAUAAGCCUUCAGCGUAAUGCAGUUCACCCUAAAAACAGUUUGCUGAGCACUUGUAGAAAUAAAAAGAGAAUAUGAUGUGAUAAUAUGUUUGGUUAAUGGCAAAUCCACUUUUAGAUGUAUUUAGUUGAUAUUUAAGAACAUCUUAAGAUCACAUGAAUUUAACAAUAGUGACUUGUUGCCAAAUAUCUUUUCUGAAAUCGUUACACAAACACAGCUUACUGCCAAAUCAUAUCCUUAAUAGUGAAGAUUUUAUUAUGUAACUGAUUUGCUUCAGUUUUUUUAUUAAUAGUUUUUUUUUAUUUGUGCAAUAAUUUGUUAAGUAUGUUUAUAACCUUUUGUGCACUUACUGUAGAUAUAUCCUUUCCUCCGCAAUCAUUUUAUGGUUGAGAAAUGUGAAUUUUUACAUAAUAAUACAUAGCAUUUUGAAUGCUGCAAUACUAUGCACUAUAGAGGGCAGAGUGCGGCAUGUGCUUACAGCAUUGUUGUUAAAGGUAAACGGUAAAACUGAAUAGAGUCAAUUAAAUGACACUUAACGUCAAUAUCUUUGCCUUAACUAGUUUUUAAGAGUAAUACCCAACAAGAAGCAAGAGGAUUAAGAGGCAGGUCUCUGGUUAAGUAAAUGUUCUGUUCCUGUGGACGUUCAUAACCCGAUUUUGCAUGCAAGUCAGGACUUACACUGAGCAAGGAUCAUUAGUGGGAAAUUGGCAAAAUGUAUAAUGCUUUCUUACCUAUUUUAUAGAAAAAUGUUUUAAACUUAUUAAUAAAACCACAGUGAAGCAGUAUUGAUGUACUUUAAAUCAGAAAAUACAAUUGGUUUAAACUUUAAACUAAUUUAAAGUAAAUGGAACCAUUGGUAUGUCACCCUUAUGCUUAAUCCUGUUUUUUUAAUGACACAGUACUUCAUAAAAAUGGAAAAGAGAUAGUGAUGGCACAAAAACCCACCACAAACUGAUGACUGUGAGACACACAGGGUUUCUACUGAGGAAUCACUUAGGCUACCACAUCUUCCUCCUAGCAGUUAUGCUUCCUGAGACUGCAUGGUUGGGGUGUGUACUUAGGAUGCUGGGAAUGCUGCCACUGGGCUUAAAACCACAACUGCUGAACUAAUUGCCUAUUAGUUAUGAAGGUUAUUACACAACUAUGUGUGCUGCUGGUUUCAUUCGAUGACAUGUGCAAUUGAAAGAACAAAAUUAUUAAAAAAUAUUUUAAAAAGUACAUACAGUGCCUAAAAAGGCAUUCAGCCCUUUGGUGAAUUCUCAGUUUGUUAUGAAUCAAUAUUGAAUCACAGUGAAUUUAAUUUGGCUUUUUUGACAGUGAUCAACAGAAGAAUGUCAAACUGAAAACAAAAAGUGUUUUCAAUUAAUUGCAAAUAUAAAACACAAAAUAUUUGAUUGUCCUAAGUUUAUGCCCCUGCGGUGGGUUGGCACCCUGCCCAGGAUUGGUUCCUGCCUUGUGCCCUGUGUUGGCUGGGAUUGGCUCCAGCAGACCCUUCAGUAUUUAGUAGAUACACCUUUCACAGCAAUUCCAGCCUUGAGUCUUUUUGCGUGGGUCUUUAUAAGCUUUGCACACCUAGACACUGCCAUUUUUCCCUGAUUCUUAUUUGCAAAAUUGUAUAAACUCUGUCAGGUUGCAUGGUGAUCCUGAGUGAACCGCCUUUUUCAAUUCCAGCCACAAAUUCUCAGUUGGAUUGAGCUCUAUACUCUGACUCGGCCCCUCCAAGGCAUUAACAUUGCUAUUUUUAAGCUAUUCCUGUGGUUACCUUUGGCUCUAUGCUUGUGGUCUUGGAGAAAAAUAAAUCUUCCACCAUGGCGUAGCUUUCUUGUAAACUGCAUCAGGGUUUUCCUCAAGGAUGUCCCUCAGUUUUGCUGCUUUCAUUUUAUACUCUGAACUCACAAGCCCUCCAGAGCCUGCUGUAGAAAAGCAUCCACAAAGCAUAAUGCUGCCACCACUGUGCUUCACAGUGGACAUGGUGUACUUUUGAUAAUGUGCAGUGUAACAUGGCAUUUUGCCUGAGAGCUGAUCAGACCAUAGAACCUUGUUUCAGCUGACUUCAGAGUGUCUGAUGUGUUUUCCGGCAACCCCAAGCCAAGUGUCAUGUGUUUGUGUGUUUUUUUUUUUAACUGUGGCUUUCUCUUUGCCUUAUGCCCAUAAAGCUACAACUGGUGAAGCAUCCGGGCAACAGUUGUUGUAUGCCUGUAGCUUGUAAUUCCCACAGAGUUGCCAUAGGUCUUACCUGUCUCUUGCUGUCCUCCCUCACUACUCCUCAUUUUGUGUGAUCACUCAGUUAUUGUAGAUGGUUUCUGUAGGCACACAUGUGACUGUACCGUACUCUUUUCAUUUCUUAGUGAUUGAUUUAACUGGACCGUAAGGGAUAUUCAGUGACUGGGAUAUAUGCUUGUCUCCAUCCUCAGACUUGUGCUUUUCAAUCACCUUUUCAUAGAGUUUUCUUUUGUCUUCAUUGUGUAUGUUAGCAGAGAAAAGUCAAGCAAAAUGACACCUUUUAUUACAUCUUGCCUGAAGAAGGGGCCUGAGUUGCCUCGAAAGCUUGCAUAUUGUAAUCUUUUUAGUUAGCCAAUAAAAGGUGUCAUUUUGCUUGACUUUUCUCUACAUUCAUAAUGGCUAACACGGUACAACACCCUAGUACAUGUGUAUGUUAGGAAAUGAUUAGAAAUGAUACUGGCUCACCACAAAAGAGCUUUCUUCUCCUGAUCAAUGUUAAAAGUGCCAAAUCAGGUCUACUAUGAUUCAAAGUUUUAUAACAAAUAAAUGCGUAAACCUCCAAGAGGGUGAAUCCUGAUGCCUCAGUUUUAGUGACACCUGCUAUGUGUGCACCCAUAUCAGAACUAGUUGUUGCUUUCAUUAGUAAAAAAACAGAAGUUGGUAGAUAAAAAUGAAAUAAAAUUGUUUGGGUUUUAUUUGCUCCUCGUGCCAUAAGUCCAGACCACCAUAACCAGAGACCUGCCAGUGCUUUGUUAUUAUGUAAUGUCAAAUUAGAUCUAGCAAAUGUAGAUCUCUCAUGAAGUUUCUUGUCCUCCAUUUUAAUAAUAUCGCUGUUAGAGCAAGCCACCUCUGUGUGAUACUUAAGCGGGACUCCAAGUGAAAGGGGCACAAAUCCCCUGGCAUGAAAGGGAUCAGUAGGGGCUUCAAAAUUAUAAUUUAUUCCUAAUGUGAACAACAUCUGCCCAAGUAAUACUUGCACUGUUUCUACAUUCCAAUUGGGAAGAACAGUUAAUGUAAAAAGCUCCUCCACAGCUGAAAAUGUAACAGAUAUUAAAAGAGUUAUACAAUUAAACUUUCAAAGCUUACCUGCACUAAACAGGUGUUUGUUAACUCAAGUUCCUUUACAGCACUAUGUGCAAAUUAGAUCAGGUCACUGUAAUUUUCUAUUGCAAGUAAGUAAUCAGAUGGUAAAUUGCAUCUGAGACCACCCAUGUUACAUCCAGCCAGUUAUAAAACUGAAGCAUAAUGAAAUUUAGUAGCUGCAGUCAAAGAUUUUAUAUGCAGUUUGUUUACAUGUUUAUUAAUCCUAUGCAAGACCUGCACCUGCCAGCCAUCGCUACAGAUGUCCCACUGACUGCUUUAAACAGCUCUGAUGCUGCAGGUAGGAAUCACAUCUCGGUUCUGCUAAGGGCCAUUCAUUGCUGCCAAAGAGACGUGCCUUAGGCAUCCCGACUACAAUGCCUAUUCAGAGAUCUGGCCAAAAUCCUAUGAUUGCAGAAAGAAUAGCCAGAAAUUACAGCACAACAUGUGAGUAACAGCUAGGAACAUAACAGCGUAAAUGAUAGCUUGCUUGUGUACAUCACAGACUGAGAGGUGCCACGUCACCUCUGUUGGUUUUACAAACACACACUACUUGUCGUUAGGGGAAUACCUUAGAUGGGGACCUUCCUGGACGAGUGCUGAGUUGAUUUUAUCCAAAUAUCCCACUUUGCUCUCUGCUGCUGCUAACAUAGUUUAUUCACUUAGUUUAAUUUAAUUUCGAAAUGUUUUUGUUGUUUUUCUUUUAAAAUUAAAAGUCGUCUUACUAAAGUGCUAUUUUGAUCAUGUAGGAAGAAAGGAAGUAUUACUGAGAGCCAACCUUUGUUUCAAGGAGAUAUAUAUUGCUUAUUAAUUAUAAAAAUCUCAUUUGCUAUUUUGUCUGUCUCUGCCUUUACCUGUGUAACAGUUUUAAGUUUAUUUUAUAUAAUGAAAGUGAGUGCUGUAUUUGUUUUUAUAUGACCUGAUUGUAGUAGAGUUUAUUAUUAAUAUUAGUUUAUUAAUUGUUAAGUACGUGUUAAUUGGCUAAUGACCGCCUCUGAUUUCUGAAAUGAAGUGAAACGAAUGGUGGUUUUAAGAUCCCAUUCAAAAGUUCUUGCACAUUGGUCAUCAGCCUUGAUAUACUCUAAUUUACCUAAAGUAGGGGAUUAAUGCCCACUUAACAGUCUUGUUUGGGCAAGCUAAACGAUCAAAAUACAUGGAAACUUCAUAACGGCACUAAAUCAUGAAGCUGUAAACCUUUAUUUUGUGACAGUGCAUUUCAUAAUAUAAAGCAAAACUGUAUCACUUAGUAACUUUGAUUCCUGAACAUGGAAAGCAAUUUACUUUCACUUUUUUUGUUGUUGUUGUUGUUGUUACAUAAAAAUAUUACCUACGGUUAUGUUCAUUGUUUUUUCAGGACAGUUAGUGUCUUAAAGGGACCCCAGUGCUGUUAUUCUGGGUUAAAUCCCUCAUUCUGCCUUUCUUGCUUUCCAUGCUGUCAAAGUUGCUGGUUUGUCAUUGAAUUAACUUUAUCCAAGUGUUUCACUUUAAAGCCACAAAAAUCAAAUUACUUAAAUAUUUAUAUUCAAUUGUUUAUGUUAAUUAAGAGUAUGCACACUAAUUCUUUUCAUCUGCCUACAGAAAAAUAACUUACACAGUUUACACCUAGUUCUUAAAACUAUACACACGAGAGUAUGUUUUUCAUAAAUGAUUUCCACAGUUCUCUUUAACAAAAGUUAAAAAGUUGGUGAAAGCUGAUUGUGCUGAAAAUCUUGAGUGCUGAAAACAUUUUUUUAAUUGUUGGAACUAUGCAUUUUGUGUACGUGUUUUGGCUUAUAUGCCCUCUAAUCAGGAAUGAAACAGCCAUAGCAACUGAUUGUGUUACAAUGGCUACCUGUUCUUAUUAAUGACUGGAAACAAAGUCUGAAAUGGCAGUAGGCUUAUGGUUUAUAGUAGAGGUAGGUGAAAGAACACAGAGUGGCCUUCAUUGAAAAUGAAGAGAAAAAUCUCAGUGACAAUUAACAGAAACUGUAUAUUGGUAGCAAAACAGGUACUUGAAUCAGCACGUUUAAAUAACUGUUAGUCUCUGAGCAUAUUGUUUAAAGGAUCAUUUGGUAAUUUUUAACUUAAAAUGGAAUGAUACAGUAUACAUUAUUUUGCUGCAGGAUAUUCUGUUAAGUGAAUCUUUUAUUUUUAUUUAAUAGGGUACUAUGACUUAAAAUUCACUAAAUAUAUCCAUGUUCAUUCAAAAAUGUUUGUGAGUAUUGAUCUGUGCCUUGGGAUUGUACACAUACUGUAAAACAGCAUAUAUAUAUAUAUAUAUAUAUAUAUAUAUAUAUAUAUACACACACAUCUCUUUCAGAAAAAAAAUAUAUUUUUGUGAGAUUUUGCCAUUUUUUCUCUUUGGGCCUGAAUUCCUGAAGUUGAUUUCAUAAAUGCUGCAGUUGCAGAGUAAUUCAAGCACUAAGAAUACGAUUUUUCUCUGGAUUUAGGCAAAUAAGCAGUCGUUUUAUACCAGCGAUAUGUCUGACAAUGAAUAAGUAUUGAAGUAAUGUCAGGGCAAGCAGUUCAGACAUAUGUGUAGUUUCAUACUAUUUUACUUUCUUAUUUACAUAAAAGCAUCACCCACAAUGGUCGCUGUGAACAAAUAAAUGAACAGAAACAUACUCGUACCUCAAGAAAAAAAUAGUGCCAAGAAUCUGUAAUGAAAUGUAUUACUUCUAAUAUUCUUUGGUUGUAAAAAUCAUUCCUCAAAAACGUAGAAGGCCUAUUUUCUGAAAUCAAAAUGCUUGUCACUUCAAACUGGAUGUACUUGGUAAGGUUUAAGGCUUUCAGAUUUUCAAGUUUGGAAAGGUGUCCCAUUGACCGCAGUUUAAACCAUAGGAGGGCAUGGUAUUGUUUUAAAUUAAUAAAAAAUGGCACACUACACAAAACAUUUUCCUGUUGCAAAUAUAUGCAUUCUCAGAGACAAAAUAAUUAACUUGUAAAAUAUGUAAGGUAUGCUUUAAAAUUCUCUACUGUAACUGUAAUUAUUUGUGUUGUUACAGUGUACAUGUAAAUUGUUUCUGGAUGGUGUUCAAAAAAUGUGCUAUUUAAAAUACAUUAUUAAAGUCUUAAAUCUUCACAGAGUGUGACAACUUGCAGUGAGUUUAGUGACACUUGCCAGUCGGAGUUCUUGCUGAUCUGUGCGACUGCAGAUAGUGGGGUUUUAAAAAUUAAAGUACAGAGCAUUUAGCACUCCUGUGCUUCAGAAAGUAGAUUCCAUUUGCCUUUUUAACAUCUACAUUUAAAUUAUUACACUUUAAAUUGGCAAUUUUUCUGUUAUAUACUGUGUGUGCAACAAUAUUAUGUAGCCUAAUGUAAAACUGGAUUUACCUUCUGGAUGUUUUGCAAAUGUACAGUAUAAAGCAAUAAACUGGUCACAUCAUAA